AUGUCUUCUUCCAUACCAUGUUCUACAUCUAUACCAAAUUCCACCAAGAUCGAUGCAGCCGUUCUUGAGAUAACUUUUAACGGUCAUCCGUCGUCGUGGGAGCGUGGUCGCUACGAGCGGCUGGAGUACGCGGGAGGUGUGGGGGCGGAGUCGAGCUCGGAGGGGUCGGAGGGCGUGGCGGAGGGCGGUGACGUGGCGCGGUCGCUGGCGGCGCUGGCUCUGCUGCGCGCGCGCCUGCCGCCCGCCGCCGCCGCACUCGCCGCCGCGUUACCCCGCGCCCCGCCCGCCGCCGCACUGCCCCUCAGGCAGAUACUACAGUUGGCAGCUCUACUGCAGUGCCGGAACCACGACCUAAUAGACGUGGAGACGGCACUGGAAGCCGCGGAGAACCAGUCCCCCGAUGCUGUGGGCCAGCAUCAGAUAGUGCCCGUGAGGGUGCAGCCGCAGCGCCCUCGCCAGCUCCGACAGCCCAGAAAGGUCAAGGAGGUCCCUCUCAAGGUCUUCCACCAGGUAGAGUGCCAGCAGCCCUCAGACCUUCCCUUCUUGGACCCAUUGCGAUUAAGGACAGAGUGACUACGACGCAAAAUUAUGCUCUAUAGUUAUUACCAUUGAGUUAUAGUGCUGUGAAAUUGUCUAUGGUCGAACCAAUACUAUGAUAUUUUGUAUUACUUUCGUCUGUUUAAUUAGUUUUAAGUGCAAUACGUAUAAAGAUCAAAUUUAAUAUAUUUUACAUGUUAAAUAUAUAGUAUAAUUCGCUCUCUCAUCUUGGUUGCUCUUAAGAUAUAUUUUUAGCUGAUUUUUUUUUAUGAAUUAUAUUUACACGCAUGGCACACAUAGAUUUUACAUUUUCAUAUGUACUGUAAUUAUUUUUAGUUUAAGUA